UACAUCGUUACGUUCUCAUCUCAACCACGUGACAAUAGCUCACGUGAUCCGUGACGCGUGAAAUGUGGUUCUAACAAAAUGGCAGAACAUGCGAAUAAAGAUCUGCUGUAUGCUACAGAGAAUGGCUCACUUGAAGGCGUUAAAGCGGCAUUAGAAGCUGGUGCAGACAUUGACUACGAAGAGCCGGCCAGCAAUGCCACACUCAUUGGUACAGCGCUGUUCAUAGCUUGUGACCUGGGGCAUGUGGACAUUGUGAGGCUACUGCUCCGCAAGGGGGCGUCUUUGGUGAAGAGAACGUUUAGUGCAUUCACCCCUCUCCAUGGAGCAGCGUACGAAGGGAGGACAGAAAUAGUGGACUUACUGGUGCAGCAUGGUGCAACAGUAGACGUACUGGACUGGUACCAGAACACACCACUCAUGACCGCUUGUGUCAACAACCAUGUCAACACGGUUCGGCGACUGAUUGAGCUUGGAGCAAGGCCUGAUUUGGACGACGGCCAUAUCGCACAGAGCUUAAGGGAAGAAGUCGCCGAAAAUCGUUGUUCUGUGGAAGAGAGUUAUAACCUGAUAGAAGAGGCGAGGAAGACCAAGCUGUUGAGAUGCUGCAACCCGAAGUGUGGCAAACCUGGCUACAGGAAAACCCUAAAGCUGUGUGGCCGGUGCAAGCUGACCCGCUACUGCAGCCGUGACUGUCAGAAACAACACUGGACUGUCGGACACAAGAAUUGCUGUGGGCAUGACGUGUACUCUUAUGAGCAAACUGACCCGUACGAAAGGAUAGUUAUGUCGUUGACAAAACUCGCCCUUGAAGAGGAAUAACAAACAUGACUCUAC